AUGGCGGAUUCAGCUGGCAAGAUGUAUGCUCUCGCACUUGUGCUGAGCCUUCUCACCAUCGUCGUAACCGCCCUGCGUUUUUAUGCUCGACGCAUGAAGCAGGCUGCGCUUUCAUGGGAUGAUUAUAUGAUUCUACCAGCGUUGCUUCUCACAAUUGGCACGGCGGUUUGCAUGUUGGUUGGUACUUCAAUCGGCAAUUUAGGACAGCACACGGGAAGCGGAGAAGACGGAUCAGGCAACGAAAUUCCAGUUUUCGACCAUCGCUUAAAAGUCUUCGAACAAAUCGUUUUCGCGACGCAACUUACGACAACACUGACUUUCGGGUUCACGAAAUUGUCUGUAUUGCUUUUCUAUAAAAGGAUCUUCAAAGGCACCUUCGUCAAACCAUCUGUGUGGACUAUGAUUGGUGUCGUCGUUGUCUGGACACUUGGCUUCUUCUUCGCCAACCUGUUCCAAUGCUGGCCCUUAUGGAUCGACUGGACCAAUUUCGGCUUUACGUACCAGAAUUGCAUCAACACGAACGCAAUGUAUCUGGCUCAAGCUUGGUCAGAUGUUCUCACGGAUUUAAUCAUCCUGACUCUGCCGCUUCCAUGUAUUUGGGUAAUGCAACUGCCUGCAAGGCACAAGGCUGCUGUCAGUGGCAUGUUCCUUCUCGGAGGACUGACCGUGGGAGCGGGUAUCGCGAAGCUCGUAGUUUUCAACAAAGUUGUUCAAGAAUUGGACGUGGGAUUCUUGGACAUCAGCUACAUGAACACACCCCUGGUAUACUGGCCAAUGGUCGAGUCUUCCAUGGGCGUUGUCGGCGCCUGCCUGCCAUUAUUGCGGCCCCUCUUCGUUGGUGCUUCUUCAAACGGCUUCAUGCGCAGCCUAAAGAGCGUGAAGAUAGCCUCGCUCAACUUGAACGAAGACGCACUGAAGCAACUCGAAGACGAUUCGCCAGGAGCGCCGGGUUCAACUACGGCGUUUACAAAGUUCGGAUCCGAGUCUACAGUGGUGCCAUCCAAUGCCGAGUACAGCUCCUAUGAAAAUAUUGCGCCGAAGGCCUACCGGAUAGACAGUCUUGACAGCCUGAAACUUGAUGCCGAGAAGGAUACACAUUUAAAUGGGGCUCGUCGUGGUGAUGACUACGUGAGUACCUCAGCACAACCGACUCGAAAGCCCUGGAUCUCUUUGCAGGUAGAAAGGUUCGAGGCCGAUGCACCUGUCAAGCCAACACGUGCACCUCGCAUCGCACCCUCCAACCUCAAGCGGGAAGGAAAGAAGACAGCCGAUCUGAGGACCUUGCCGACCCUCGGCACAGCACUUGAACAUACAGUCCCAACACAGCGCUUCACGCAGACAGGCCCGGGUGUCUCGACGCUUGGGAUCUCGAGCGCUACGGCAUGA